ACCCCUUCUCCCAUUAACUCUUCUUUCUCCUAACCCCCCAUUCUCUCUCUCCUCUCCUCUCCUCUCUCAUCAUAUUCAUAUUACAUAUACAACAAACCAGCUAAGCUAAAGCUAAUCACAUCCUCUCAUUAUUCCUUAGAUCCAGACACAAAUCAUGAAGCGCCCAAUUGAUUCCGACUCCGACCACCGCAAAAUGAAAAGGGUCAAGUCUGAAUCAGAUCAACUAACCACUGACAACUCGGUCAAGGUUUUGACCGACGAGAACCUUCUCUUCGAGGUUCUAAAGCACGCCGACGCAAGAACCUUAGCCACAGCCGCAUGCGUCAGCAAGAAAUGGUCCACCACUGCCCAGGACGAGCGUCUAUGGGAGUUGAUCUGUACUAAACACAUCGGUUCCGGCAACCACCAGCUCCGUUCUGUCGUGCUGGCGCUUGGAGGGUUCCGACGACUUCAUUCUCUGUAUCUGUUACCACUCUCCAAGCCUUCAUCAUCCUCGAGUUCUUCGUCUUCUUCGUCCUGGCCUUGUAUUCCGGAGAUGCCGAAUGCGAAACGAAAUGUAACCGGCGCGGGGACCGGUGCAGGUGGGAGUAAGGCUCGUUGGGGGAAGGAUGAGGUGCAUCUGUCGUUGUCUCUUCUCUCGAUUCGGUACUAUGAAAAGAUGAAUUCGAAUUAUCGAGGUAAGUAGAUUGAGUAAAAUUGAGUUGGAUGUGGUAAAAUUAGGGCACAAGUUGAGAUCUUUGAUAAAUUGAUGGUUACUAUAAUCCAAUCCAAAUCUGUUGUAACAAUAAUAAUUAUGAACAUGAUCUAUGACAAUAAAAGUUAGUUUAAGAACAUGAUCUAUGGCAACUUGUGCCGGAUGUUACCACCUGAACCAUCUUCCUUCCUUUUCAUUCCAUUUAUGUACCAAACUUUGUUGGGUUAUUUUGGUUUUUAUAUAUAUGUAUGUUCUUGAUGAUGAUGAAUCAAUUUAUUGAUGCUUUGA